GCUCUUGCAAGGUACGUUGCAUGACAAAGUGAGCUAUGGGAUGAGUAAGAUUCGAGGCGCCGCGUGUAAGUACGAUUGAGGCUAAGUAUAAAGGGCAUCCUCCUCAAAACACACAUUUUGACAUGCCUAUCGCAAACUCCGGUAAAGUGCUGGCUACCGGGGCGAACGGCUACAUCGCCAUUUGGGUUGUCAAAGCCCUCCUCGAGCAGGGAUAUUCGGUCCGAGGUACCGUCCGUUCAGAAUCUAAAGGGACGCACUUAAAGGAAAGAUUCAAGUCGUAUGGCGACAAGCUCGAGGUUGUUGUCGUUGAGGAUAUCACCAAGGAAGGCGCGUUUGACGAAGCAGUCAAGGGUGUCGAUGUUGUCGAGCACAUGGCUUCUCCCUUUCACUUCAAUGCGGAAGACCCUAACGAACUUAUUACGCCUGCCGUAGCUGGCACAAGCGGCGUUCUUCAAAGCGCCCUCUUGCACGGCAAAGACGUAAAACGUAUUGUCGUACUCGCCUCUACCGCAGCCAUCCUCGAAACGAACAGGUCAGCUCCGGUCGUGUUCACCGAGGAUGACUGGAACAACCAUGCCAUCCAGCAAGUUGAAACAAAGGGAAAAGAUGCUUCCCCUGCGGAUAAGUAUCAAGCGAGCAAGACCCUCGCAGAGAAAGCUGCAUGGGCGUUCUACGAGCAACAUAAGAACGAGGUGAAGUGGGAUCUGGUUGUGUUGAACCCGCCUUUCGUCUUCGGACCCGUGUUGCAUGCUGUUGAUUCUCCCGAGUCGUUGAACACCUCCGCGAAAGAAUGGUAUUACAAUGUUGUCAAAGGCAGAUUGGAUCAAGAAGCCCUGGCAAACAGCGGGUCUUCCUACGUAGACGUCCGAGAUCUCGCGGAGGCUCACGUCCUUGCCAUCAGGAAGGAAGAAGCCAGCGGCAACCGUAUCAUAAUUUCUGCUGGUGCUUUCAAGUGGCAAGACUGGGUCAAUGCUUCUCGCUUGGUGGCGCCCGAACUCCCACCAGGCAACACGUCGUAUAAGAGGGAAAAGGCUGUACAUCAAAGGAGUUAUGACAACUCCAAAGCUGCGAAGCUACUACAACUCCCUUACCGCACUCUGGAAGCUACAGCAGCUGAUUGCAUUGCAGACUUUAAGCAGAAAGGAUGGCUGUAGAUGGAAAACCUCACUGACCUUCGUAUGAAUAAAUUUUCUGCUUCGCAAUACUGCACGCAAACUGUCCAGCGCAUGGCGGCUAUUUUUGUGACAUAGGAGAUCCAUGCAAAAGUAGCUGGAAUUGGUCUAAAUUAAGGCAAGCGCAUUGCUUUCGCUUGUGGACGCCAUGUCCAUCUUGUUUUCCUAGCUAUAGCGACUCGGUGUUGUUCAGUGUCAUCUAAAGACUUACUUACUUUUCUCUCUUCCUACCUAUUUCCAUCUGUUCCGGCGACAGCCCCAUUUUUUCAUGCAAAGAAAUUUGCUUGUGGCUAAGCUUAUCGAUCAGGAUGCCCAGGACUACAUAUUCUUCCGAACAUUGGCUAAACAUAACGUGCUCUG